UUUACUCACUCUGCGUUAAAAACAGAUCCGUAAGCGUAAAAGGGCGUAAAAUAAAAAAAAUGGUCGUGGAAGUUCAUUAACUGCCAACAGAAAGGACGAUGAAUUCGUCGUUUUUGACACUUGUCGCUUUCUUGUUCGUUCGUGCGUGUCGUGCUACAGGCAGGGACUCGGAAGAAGAGUUAUUUACAAACAGCUUUGUGAUAGAAUUUGGAAGAAAUGUUGACGAAGAGGUCGUUCAGUUGGUUGGAGAGAGCCUCCGAAUCCCUCACUUACACAAGGUUAUGGGCUUCGAUAAUGUUUAUCACUUCAUGGAUAACAACGGAAACAAGCGAUCUCGGAGAGAGGUGACAGAAUAUCUCACGACCAUCAAGUCAAAUCCUCACGUUGAGUGGGUGGAGCAGCAAAAGCUGUUAAUCAGGGAGAAGCGGAAUGGCAUAGCGAAAUUCUUUUCGCUCCCUUCCCUAGUCGAAGACAGUGCCUACCAGAGAGUGCAGCAAUACAAGUCAAACGUAACACUAUCACAGAUCGCUCCGGUUGCUCGUCUAAGCUUCCAAGAUCCAAACUUCCAUGACCAGUGGUACCUGUGUAACACGGGACAGACGGGUGGACCACCUGGUUAUGAUCUGAACAUAGAGAGUGCUUGGUCUCGCGGUUACUCGGGACGGGGUGUCGUCAUCUGUAUACUGGAUGAUGGGGUUGACCACAGUCAUCCUGACCUCGUGGAAAAUUACGAUGCAGAGGCAAGCUACGACUUUAACGAUCUAGAUGACGUGAACCACGACCCGACACCCAGAAACACAGUGGAGAACGGACACGGCACCCGGUGUGCAGGCGAGGUGGCAGCCGUUGCCAACAACACCGUGUGCGGAGUAGGCGUGGCAUUUGGAGCACGUAUCGGAGGCGUGCGCAUGCUGGAUGGCGAGGUGACGGAUGUUAUCGAGGCGCAGGCUCUGCUGUUUCACAACCAGCACGUCGACAUCUACAGCACGUCGUGGGGUCCCACCGACAACGGCCGGACGAUGGACAGACCGGGCCGGCUCAUGGCCGAAGCCCUGAGACGCGGAGUCGCCGAGGGUAGAGGAGGCAAGGGGUCUGUGUAUCUGUGGGCGGCUGGUAACGGCGGAUCGGCGGACGACUGUAAUGCGGACGGAUAUGCGUCCAGCGUGUACACGCUGACCGUUGGAUCGGUGACCGACCGCGGCCGCACGCCGUACUACGCUGAGCCGUGUUCCGCCAUGCUCGCCGUCGUUUUUACCGGUGGCGCCCCCCUGCGGCCGUCGCCGCGAGAGCUCGCCAGCGGCCGAGGGAAGGUUGCGAAGAUCGUGACGACAGAUCUGAACCACGGCUGCACAAAGGACUUUCAGGGAACGUCAAGCGCUGCACCGCUGGCUGCUGGCAUCGUCGCACUAGCGCUUCAGUCAAACCCCGACCUCACGUGGCGUGACGUGCAGCACAUCGUCGUGGCAACGGCACGCAUUCCCAGUCCCGACGACGACGACGACGGUGGAGGAUGGUGGGAGAACGGUGCCGGGCGGCACAGCCACACGCGAUACGGGUUCGGCGUGAUGGACGCGUCGCACGUCGUCGAGACGGCACGGACAUGGCGAGCCGUCGCCCCGCAGCACACGUGUGCGGUCACGUACGAGGGAGGCGCGAGGUGUGGCUAA